AUGGCGCAGCGUGUGCUGCUGAACAACUCCCAGCUGGUCGACGAUUUGGAUGUGAACACAGAUAUUUAUUCCAAAGUGCUCAUAACGGUGAUUUACGCAGUGCUCUUUGGCGUUGGUUUAAUCGGCAAUUCCAUGACCCUGUACAUAUCUCUCCAGAGGAGAUCCGUUCAACAUCUCCAAGGCACCGUCCAUUAUCACCUGGCUAGUCUCGCGGUCUCCGACCUCCUCAUCCUAGUCUUGUGCAUGCCUGUGGAGCUGUACAACUUCAUUUGGAUUCAUCACCCUUGGGCUUUCGGUGAGGUCGCGUGCAGGAGCUAUUACUUUCUACGGGACGGCUGCUCGUACGCGACGGCGUUGAACAUAGUGAGUCUGAGCGUGGAGCGCUACAUGGCGCUGUGCCACCCGUUAAAAGCCAAGAGCAGGAUGUCGCGCGGGCGCACCAGGAGACUCGUCUGCGCGCUCUGGGUCGCGUCGCUCGCCCUCGCCUCUCCAAUGCUUCUGACCAUGGGACUAAUUCACGUGGGGAAAGAGAGGAUCUGCACCACCGUGGCUUCCACCAACACUGCCAAAGCUGUUCUACAGGUAAAUGCCCUUCUAUCUUUUGUUGUGCCAGUGCUGGUGAUCACAGUCAUGAAUGGUUUGAUUGGACAUCAACUCCAGCAAAUGAGCCAUCAUGCAUUGCACUGUUUAGCACCUUCAAAUAUCACAACAGAUACAAACCGAGAACGCUCGCUACAACAUGGGAUCAAAGUCCUCCGUGGGGUGGUUUUUGCCUUUGUUUUAUGUUGGUUUCCUUAUCACUGCCGUCGACUGAUGUAUUGCUAUGUAACAGAAUGGACAAAUGCUUUGUAUGAUUUCUACCAUUACUUUUACAUGUUGACAAAUGUGCUCUUCUACAUCAGUUCAGUGAUUAAUCCCAUCCUUUAUAACCUGGUCUCAUCCAAUUACCGCCAAGUAUUUCUCUCCACGGUCACCUACAUGUGCCAGACACACUACAAAAGGCAGAGGAGCAACCAGAGCAAGAGGAGUUUACAAGUACCACAACAUCUUCAUUCCUCCCUGGUCACAUCCCGUACCAGCCGUCACACCCUUUGUUCCAUGGUGGUCAUGGAGACUACAUAG